UCUGUACCCACUCUACUGUACUCCGUUACGUGCCUUUGUGUGCACCAUUUCGACGCAAUGCUAAUGGCCUCGAAGCAAGCCGCCGCAGCCGUUUAGUGCAAGAACGGGAAGAGGACAGCCCUGUUCACUCAAGCGGCUCGGCUCCAAAUGCGCCCGCGACUGGCAGGUAUAGCGUCGGAGAUGCUGAGCGGGGCAACCUGCGGGGCCAAGCCGGGGCUCGGCAGCCUCCUGCUGGCCACCCUCACCAAAACAGUGCCGCCGAUGUCAGGCGUGGUGGGUUGCCGCAGAUUUCGCUCCACAUCCUCGAUGCACGGAUUAUCGGAGAUGGCCAGGGAGCGGUCGAAGACUGUCACGUCGUUUUACAACCAGUCCGCGAUAGACGUUUCCGCCGAAAAGCCCUCAGUGCGACUGACCUUAGCAACCCUGCUGUAUUCUGGGAAGUCUCCUGAUGGCCACCACAUCCUGAGCAGCGCCAAGUACCUGCACAAGGAGCUCCCCGUGCGGAUCGCCCACCGCAUCAAGGGCUUCCGCAGUUUGCCCUUCAUCAUUGGCUGCAACCCCACCAUUCUGCAAGUGCAUGAACUGUAUAUCCGAGCCUACCACAUGCUCAUCGACUUCCCCCAGAUCAAGGAUCAGGAGACGGAGGCUCGGUUCUGUAAGCUGGUGCAGCAGCUGCUGGACGACCACAAAGACGUGGUCACCAUGAUGGCGCAGGGCUUCAGGGAGUGCCGCAGGCACAUCCAGGACGAGGCCAUCAUUCGCAGCUUCCUGGAUACGACGCUGUGCUCUCGUCUGGGCAUCCGGAUGUUGUCAACGCACCACCUCGCCCUUUACGAAGACAACCCUGAUUUCGUCGGGAUGAUUUGCAGACGUCUCUCCCCCAAAAAGAUAGUGGAGAAGUGGGUGGACUUUGCCAGGCGUCUGUGCGAACACCAGUACGGGAACUCUCCCAGAGUGAGGAUCAACGGGCACGUUGCUGCUCGCUUCCCCUUCAUCCCUCUGCCUCUGGAUUACAUCCUGCCAGAGCUCCUCAAGAACGCCAUGAGGGCGACCAUGGAGAGCCACCUGGAGACCCCGUACAAUGUGCCCGACGUGGUCGUCACCAUCGCCAACAACGACAUCGACUUUGUCAUAAGGAUAUCCGACCGCGGGGGCGGCAUACCUCACAACAUUAUCGACAAGGUAAUGAACUACCACUUCAGCACGGCCGAGGACAGUGCACAGGAUCCCCGGAUGAGCAACCUCUUCAACAACAUCACCAACAGCGGGAACCAGUCCAGCCCCAUGCACGGGUUUGGAUUCGGCCUGCCCACCUCCAGGGCCUAUGCCGAGUACCUGGGGGGCUCCCUGUCCUUGCAGUCCAUGCAGGGCAUCGGCACCGACGUCUACCUGCGUCUGCGCCACAUCGACGGCAAAGGAGAGAGCUUCAGGGUGUGAAGAUCGUCUUCCCCCCCCCUCCCCUCCCAGGAGAGCUGGCAUGGACUUACAGGACUCUGGUCCACUAAGUGAUAGCCCACGCGCAGUAUUUCGGCAGAAACCUCCUAAAUUCAACCGACCCAUUACUUGUUUAUUUUCUUUUCUUCGCCUUAGACCGAUUUAUAAGCUAUGUUAGCUCUAAAGUUAAUACUAUCAGUUUUGUUUUUGUGUCCGGUGGCAUGUGAAUGUUGAAGGUUAUCGAUACAGACUGAGCACGGUAGUGUGUUGAUGUUGAUGUGGAAGUGGAAGGAAGUAAAGGAAAGAAAGAAAAAAAAAAAAAAAA